AUGCAGAAGAUCUUUCAAACAGAGGAAACCACUGAUUCCCAAGCUCUCAGAAAAGGAAAGAGGAAAAGGACGGAGCCAAUGGACUCAGAGAACGUGAACAGUGACCUGGAUAAAGCACAGAGAGACCCAUAUUCGGGAAAUGCCUUUCUGCCUGGUGAAAGCUCCAGUGAGGAUGAAGAGCCUCUAGCAGAACUGUCAAAGGAGGAAUUGUGCACAAAAAUAAAAAGCCUGAAACAAAAACUAACAAACAUCCGGAAAGAAAACAGCCGCCUUCGACAGUCUUUGGUCAUGCUGCAAGUGUUGCCGCAGGCCGUCACUCAGUUUGAAGAGCUGGUCGGGAUGGCAGAGGCACUGCUCAAGGGUGGAGGAACCCUGUCCACAUCCGCAUCCACCCUCUGGAGAGCAGCGAACAACUCAUCGCCGGAUUCCUUUGCUUCUACGUGCAGUAAUUCUAACUCUAAUUCCAGUUCACCCAUCUCCCUGAAAGCUGAGGAAGACCAUCAGACGGAUGAGAAACAGUUCAAGAUUGAAAAAUGGCAGAUUGCGCGUUGCAACAAGAGCAAGCCUCAGAAGUUCAUUAAUGAUUUAAUGCAAGUGCUUUACACAAAUGAAUACAUGGCCACACACAGCCUGACGGGGGCAAAAUCCUCUACUUCACGGGACAAGGCCGUGAAACCAGCUAUGAAUCAGAAUGAAGUUCAAGAAAUUAUAGGAAUCACAAAGCAAUUAUUUCCCAACACAGAUGACGUUUCAAUCAGGAGAAUGAUAGGGCAAAAGCUAAACAACUGUACAAAGAAGCCAAAUUUAAGCAAAACUCUGAACUCUCAGGAUAUUAAGUAG